AUGCCCGACGAACUUAUGACGCAUGAUGAAGCUGUGUCGGCACUCCUGGCUUUCGUCUUCUCGGGCGCCAUUGGUUCCUCGGAGGGUAAAUCUGCCGCGUAUUCGCUGGUCGAGGCGACGUCAACCACCUUCUCUUGGUGGGUAGCCCUGGAGAAUAUGGAUGGUCCGGCCGCACCUGUCAACCGGUACCGCAUCGAGAUCGACCGGCAAUCCAAGAGAAUCUCACCGCCGCGCCUCAUCGAGAUUACGGACGCGGAGAUGUCGGAUGCAAUCUUACAAGCCACGGUCACGGUCCAUGAGUGCCCGGGUGUUGCCUACGUGGUUCAGCUGCGCCAUCACGGCAACGUGGCAUCCAUGGACGCGCUGAUGACGUUGAUUUCUCGUACGGUUGACCCCCAGCUCUUGCCGGUUCCCCCGGUCUUUUCGAUACCGGGAGAAAAGGAGCGACAAAGCACCACGGGCAUGGGACGGCAGAUUACGCAGUUAAUACCUGGCGAUGUCGCUUGGACGGUGUAUCCUCUAAUGCCCCACGACGAGAAGCUCAUCUAUCUCAGGAGGAUAGCUUUGGCAUUUCAAGCUUGUUGGGGACUUCCGCUCCCGACGCCUCGUCUUAUCGGCGAGCUUGUUGCGACCACCCACGUUGAUGGCAAGGUUCUUCUCAGCGUCGGGCCAGAUCGACACCACAGUCUCGGGGGGCCCUUCUCGUCGGUGCGAGACUAUCUCAAAGCCCAUGUCAGAUCCGCACUCGUCAGGCUCGAGAAGCAGCAAGGUAUAGACGAUUAUAAGGAGAGGUUUCUCGACCGAGUCAGGAACUUUGUUGAUGGUUCACUACACAACAUUCCGGCUAUCGUCGAACGCAUGCCCAUCGUCGCCAUGCACGCCGACAUGGGACCACACAAUAUCAUCGUAUCGAGCAGCGAACAUAGCGAUAUUAAGGCCAUCAUCGACUGGGAAUUCGUGGCUAGCGCACCGUUUAUGGCACUUCAUCGAAUCAUCGAGAUGCAUUUUCGCCAGCCUGCUGAGAAUGGCUACGGCCGAGAGUACGACCGCGCUGAUGAACUCCGGGAGGCGUUCUGGGGUGCCAUUCCGGAAUGGAAGGUGUGGAACGAGGAUGAGUCAACGCUGGUGUUCUUGGAGUGGUUUAGGUUUGGUUUGUUCCUUCGGCCAGAGUGGCGGCCGAAUGAUCUCCCCGUCCAAGAAGCAGAGGAAUUUUGGCGGGAAAACAUUCGAGUCGUUGAGGGAAUUCUGUUGAAAUUUGCUGUCGGGGAUGUCGUGGUGCAACUGAUCUCCAGUGAGAACCACCAGGUCUGGUUUCUCGACAUCCAGGACCCUUCUAAUGAAGUUAACCACUUCGGUAUUGCUAAGGCGGUCGAUGCUUCAGCGACGAUGAUGGGAACUCCGGCCUAUGCAGCGCCUGAGGUCCACGCAUGCCGCGAGCAGACGACAAAGAUCGACAUUUACGGGCUUGGUGCAACCGUCGUGGAGUGCUUGGUGGGAUUUCCGGAGGAAACAGAGAUGGGACUUGGCGCGGAAGAGCCGCAGCAAAGCAUCAUCUCAGAUUUCUGGCGUCUCGAGGAAGCCUUCCGGCAGAGGCGGUCGCAACGAGUCGAAAGGAACUUCCAGGGGGGCGGCGGUCCGGGCAUUCCUCGAACCGGACGAGGCGGAGCUUUAACGAAUACAGAGAUACGGAGUAUAUAUGCAGCACUCGUGGCUACGCUCGCCGACUUCCAUGUCCACCCGGACACGAGCCUGCAGGUGGUUCAAGCAGUCGGCUCUGCCUUCGCCAAGCGCGGCAGCCUUCGCUUUUCCGGUCAGUCGUAA